CUCUCCUCAGCCCUGGAGUAGACGGGAGCGCGCUUAAGAAAGGGAGAGCCUCUCAAGCCGCAGCGCUGAGGAGGAAUAAGUGGUGAAUUUACAGCCUUUCAAACGACUUCAAGUAAAUUCAGGCUUGCGUUGAUCGCGCAUCGGAACAGAUGGAUAAUGGAGACUGGGGAUAUAUAAUGACUGAGCCAAUCACUCUAAAUGUGGGUGGACACCUGUAUACGACAUCACUCACCACUCUCACCAGGUAUCCUGAUUCAAUGCUGGGGGCUAUGUUCAGGGGUGAUUUCCCCACAGCCAGAGACUCUCAGGGCAAUUACUUCAUUGACCGGGAUGGACCACUUUUCCGGUAUGUUCUUAACUUUUUACGGACAUCAGAGCUGACUCUGCCUCUGGACUUCAAAGAAUUUGACCUGCUUCGAAAAGAAGCAGAUUUUUAUCAGAUUGAACCCUUAAUCCAGUGUCUUAAUGACCCCAAACCUUUGUAUCCUGUGGAUACGUUUGAGGAGGUGGUGGAGCUGUCCAGUACACGCAAGCUCUCAAAAUACUCCAACCCAGUAGCAGUGAUCAUAACACAACUGACCAUCACAACCAAAGUCCAUGCAUUGCUGGAAGGCAUUUCCAACUACUUUACUAAGUGGAAUAAGCACAUGAUGGACACUAGAGACUGUCAGGUUUCUUUUACUUUUGGGCCAUGUGAUUAUCACCAAGAAGUCUCUCUCAGAGUUCAUCUGAUGGAGUACAUCACAAAGCAGGGCUUCACUAUCCGAAAUACAAGGGUCCACCACAUGAGUGAACGAGCCAAUGAAAAUACAGUUGAACAUAACUGGACUUUCUGCAGACUGGCACGGAAGACGGAUGACUGAUUUCCCUACCCACCCAACCCUUUUUUUUUUCAUUCUCCAAAAACUUAGAAACGUCUUAGAAUUCUGGGUUCAGUUCAGGUGUUCCUUUCUGCUUCAUGAGAAAUCUUAGGUUGAAGGACUUCUCCUUCUACUGGAAGUUGAAAGAAACCAUUGCAUUGGAUCCUCUGCUGAGUUUGUGGAUCUUUCUGGAUUUCCUCUCCCACAGCAGUCUUUUCCAACCCUGGAAAGUUUAUUCAGGCUGCAGGGCUCGUGGAGGGCUAUUGAGGGAGGGCUGCAGGGCUAUUGUGCCAUGUGGGUUGAGAGCUAUUGUCAGGAGAAGGAAUGGUGCAAUCAUUCCCUGCUUCCUUCAGCUCCGCUCUUUCAAAGAGGACGUAGGGUAUUUGUCCCUUUCCUCCUCCUGACACAUGAGGGCCGUUUCCAGACGGCUUACCUUCUGCCACUCCAUGCUGCAACGUCGCGGCUCGUCCUGGGGCGAACACGAAAUAUUGCGCAAGUUUUGCACGACGUUGCGCAAAACUCGCGUGAGAAAACGCGCUAUUUCGCAUUUUCUCCAGCACGAGCCGCGGCAUUGCGGCAUGGAGCGGCAGAAGGUAAGCCGUCUGGAAACAGCCGAGGCUAUAGCACCAUGUAGAUCCUGCAACCUCGGAAUAAACUUUCCCAUUACUGCAGGUGUGAGGAGAAAGCCUGGAACAUCAGCAAACAUCAACAUCUUCUGCUGAGGUAUUAUGGGGUCCAACCCAGUGUGCUGGUGACUGUGGUCUGGCUUUCUGUUAAGCACCACUGAAGGCUCCCUUUUUUGUUAUGAAUAUUUAUUAUUGAUUCUUCCAGACUAGAGAAUUGACCGCUCUGGCCUUUCUUGUCUUUUGUCAACGUAUGCAUGCGCCUGCUCAAGCUGUCAAGACACUUUGAUACAAAGGACAAAACAUCACAGAAUAAUUACAGUAGGAUGCCAUUUAUGUUGUGUUGUCUGCACAAUACAGUGUAAAGUGCUAAAAAAAAUCAGCUCCUGUUUUAAGCUGUGUUUAACUCAUCUCAUGCUAUUAAAAACCACUGGGAA